AUGGUUGAAGUGAGUGCUAUCUCAGCGCCGAAGUUGGACAAGAACUUCGUCGACUACAACCAAGAAGGCGGCAUUAUGUACGUUCAACAGCCCAAGCGAUUGUCGUCGGCUUGCUGGGGCGGUCUGAUGUCUACAAGAGCCAAGUACCUGGGUGCUCAAGGUGUCGUGAUCGAUGGUCGGAUAAGAGAAAUUAGCGAGCACAACGAGAUGGGUUUCCCGGUCUUCGCACAAGGUACCUCAAUUCUCGGGUCCAAUACCUUCACUCGCGCAUCCCGAGUGAACGUGCCACUCCAAUUCAAUAGCGAUCUCUGGAUCAACCCCGGUGAUAUUCUGAUUGGUGACUCUGACGGUGUUGUGGUCACGCCCGUAUCACUGGUAGAGAAAGUGGUUGCUUUGUGUCAAGAGCGGGCAGAGGUUGAUGAGAGAAUGUUUGCUGAGCUGAGGAAGGGAGCCUCGAUGGGCGAUCUUAUUAGGAAUGUCAGGAAAGACAAGUAG